CCUCUUGCUCUUAUUGAGUGGAUAGUGAAGUAAGCGACCGUAGCAUUGGUCGCACGUUGCCGGACUUUCUUGGGUAUCAAUUUGUUGUUUUGCAGUCCAGGUCUAGAUCGAGGACGGACGUAUCUAAUUCAAGUAGCGUGACUGCAAGAAGUUAAGCGUUAAUAAUGAGUUCUUCUCUUUGAAAGUCUCCGCCGUGGGUAGUAAUCCUUCAUAGAUGAGUGAGAUACGAAACUUUACACUCGGUGUUCCGAAGUACAUUGAAAUUGCUACCAUACAGAACAACCCCAAGUUGAGUUGUCAUUGUAAAAUCAAGAGUAAGAAAGGGCAGCAAACAGAUCAUCGAGACGCGUCGCGAUUGAGAAUUGGCAAACUGUCUAAAUUUUAGGUCAGAUUCAGAGUCUCACACCUGUGGUUACUUAAAAGCUCUUUGAUUAGGCGUGCCAUACAGAGGAAAAGGUGGCAAAAAUUAAAUGGAACAUCCAACUUAUGAGAGGCUGUACAUGAUAUGACGGAGGCAAGAGAAUAUCAACAGUUAUUAUUCUCUUGACAGAAGUAAUUGCUGCCUGACCAGUUGCAUUUGUUUAUCGCCCCUCCCACUGAGACCAGCUGGUCUGAUACGCUUGGAAGCUUCUACAGGUACUACAUUCUCUGCUGACGCGUCUUCAAGUUCAGCAUGUUCGGUAUAAUCACCGGAGGAACCCGAGGUCUGGGCUUUGAUGCUGCUAAGGAACUGGCAAGCAAUGGCUACAGCCAUUUGAUUCUUACGUACAACGCCAACACAGAACGCGCCGAACAGGCCAAGAAGACCCUGGAAGAUAAACAUGGAGUCCAAGUUUUUGUCGUGAAAGGAGACCUUGUUAAACCUGAAGCUGUUGAUGCAAUCUUUGAUUGCGUGGAGAAGAAUUUCGGAAACAAGCUUAAUGCAUUGGUACACAACGCCGGAGCUGCCAUUGGUGUGUCAUCAGUAGCGGAAACCGAAGCAGCCAAGAAAGCGGCCGCGAGUUACAAAGAAACUAUCGCCUCUGGCAAAUUUGACGAUUUCGCCACUUACGACUAUUUCCAAGAGAUUUAUCCAAAAUGCUUCAUACGAAUGGUCGAAAGAGCGAUAAAAAUCAUGGAAGAUGGUAAAGGUUACAUCUUGGCGGUAUCUACCUAUGGCUCCAACUGCAUGCAGACAGUAAAACCAGGCUACGCCAUAACAACUCAAGCCAAAGGAGGCUUAGAACUACUGGUGCGGUAUUACGCCCAAGCCCUGGCCCCCCGCGGAAUAACUGUGAAUGCCAUCAUUCCUGGCUAUAUCUUAUCUGACGCCUGGCAUCACAUGACUGCAAGCAAGGGUGGAAUUGAAAGCGAGGCUGUUCAGGGCAUGAUUCAAGGAUCUCCCAUGAAGCGGUUCGGGGAAGGUCGCGAGUUCGGUCACGUGACUGCUUUUUUGUGUUCACCCAAAGCCUCGUUCAUCACAGGGGUGUCAUUACCAGUAGAUGGAGGGCUCCAUCUUCAGUAACAGGGCUUGGACUUUAAAUAGACAUCACCUGACUUGUUGUCCGUUUCAGGAGAAUGGUAUUAGAUUAAAAAUGAUUUGGACAUGAAGUAAAUAAGAAACUCAACGAGUUUUGCGCUCAGGACCAAUACAAUUAUCAGCUGAAUAAAAAAAAUAGCAUUUCUUUCAAAAAAGUUAAAAAGCAAAGAAGCAAAUUUAUUUCGAAAAAAACAAGAAGGGUGAUAAAUUUGAGCUUAAUUGUCACAUAGCGGGAAAUGUUAAGAUUUGUCCAUGACAAAUGAGGGACAAAAACUAAUCUGUGUUUUCCACGAGCAUCCCCUGUAGAAAAAGAUAGAGAAAUACGAUAAUUGUUUUUUAUUUCACCGUUAUUUCUCGCUUGAUCGGUAUUUCGACAAAUAUUAAUAUAUUUCACCAUUAUUUGUUUUUCGAAACUUUAUCUCUGCUUUUCAUUUGCCAAUAAAGUUUCUUGUGCUUGUUGAA